AUGAGAGUUCCAUCCUUUCUCUCCUCCAUCCCACGGCAAUGGCGCACACCAAAACUCGUCGUCGGCCUCUUCGUCUUCGAAAUCCCCUUGACCAUCGCUGCGCUUGCGCUAUUUGGUAUUGCCCAACCAGAUCUAUACCGCACCCGGUUUUGGCAAGAAGGAGCCGAUCAUGGAUGGAAUAGCAAUCCCAAUCAACUCAUAUACGCCAUUGCAAACUACAGACCCAUCAAGGCGCCUUUGCCAUGGAGACAAUUCACCACCAACUACAACGUAGUGAUCUCCGUCCUUUCCGUCUUCAUCCUCCUUUGCAAAGGGAUCAUGUUCAUCACAUCGGUCUUCCACCCUUUGGUAUCCCUCCUGGCCCACGCUGCACUCGUCAUCCUCUUUGCUAUUAGCAUCCACAACCAAGCAGGACCUGACAUGAGCGAUCCGGCGCAUCCUCAACCAGGGGCUCCUUGGUACAUUACCAGGAAGUGUGGGCCACCUGUCAGCUCAGAUCUCAUCGGAUAUUGCAAGCAGGCCAAGGCUGCCUUUGCCGUGACAAUCCUUAUGGUCGCGCUAUUCACGACCCAAAUGAUUCUCACCUUAAUCACCCUCUGGUCUAGCAGACAAUCCCGAUCAGCCCACGGCUCUAGAACCUCGGAUAAAGAGUCGGCUCAAGCGCCGUGGGAGAUGAUGGAGGCGCGAAGGACGCCUGGGACCGCGGGAGGUCUGAAGAGCCCCACUACUCCGAGAACCACGGCCUUUAAUACCUUGUCUGGCAAUGGGAAGGCUCCCGUAAGGCAAGGGAACCAAGGGAUACCCCUAAGACACCAUAUCGGCAUGGGCGAAGAGACGUAUCAAGGUCCCAGUAGGAGACAUACGGGUCUGCAGAUUGUGAUGACGGGCACCAUGAUCAAUCUCUUGUUCAAGUAUGCCUCGAUAUCGGCAGCAGUUUUCGUCGGUCUUUACGCUGGUCUUCUAGGACUUCUCACCACGUCUUCCUUCCAAGCCCAUGUAGUCUAUCUCCAUAAAAUCCAGAUGACCUGGUUCAAAGAUCUCGACGUCCCUGAAACUUUUGGCUUUCUACGCAGCCAGACCACCCCGUUUUCGAUACAGUCUUCCACUGGCGGAACGCUGUACGCCUGGCAUGUUCUGCCCAUCGAGUUGUAUCGUCAGCACGAGUCCGCUCUGGUGGCGGAACCCUCUGGCUUCGCCUCGGAUAUCACAUCCCGCCUUGCUUUCAAGUUACUGCGCGAUGACCAUGAUGCUCGAUUGAUCAUUCACAUGCACGGAGCCGGAGGUACUGUCGGGUCAGGCUACAGAGUCCCCAAUUAUCGCGCGCUGUCGGCGGGGCAGCCCAAAACGAUUCACGUCUUGACAUUCGACUAUCGAGGUUUUGGACGCAGUCGCGGCACGCCAUCCGAGCGUGGACUUUGCCUUGAUGCUAUCGCGGUGGUCGACUGGGCGACAAAUGUAGCCGGCAUUCCACCGUCCCGGAUCCUCAUCUUUAGCCAAUCUCUAGGCACUGCUGUGAGCCUUGCUGUUUCCAAGCACUUUGCCUUGCAAUCUCCCCCCGUAAUGUUUGCAGGCUCCAUCCUAGUCGCACCGUUUGUCGACAUGGCGACGCUCGUGGCAACGUAUCGUAUUGCAGGCUUCAUCCCCAUUCUGUCACCGCUGACAAGGUUUCCGCUGUUGUUCAACUACCUCAGCACCUUCAUACAGGACAAAUGGUUGAGCAAGCACCGUAUUGCAGAAUAUAUACGGGCCAGUGAAGCUAAUGGACAGAAAUAUCGGCUGACUCUGAUCCAUGCCGAGGAUGAUCAUGAUAUCCCGUGGAGUCACACCAAAGUGGUCUUCUGGCACGCCGUCAAUGCUACGUUGCCCCGAGGGAUCACCUACGACCAACUUGAUGGUGUGAAAAAGAAGUCAAAAUCGGAUCUGGGCGCUGCAGGGUCAAUUAUGGAAUGGCGAACGAAGAACGGCGUCAUCAGAGAGGAGAUAUUAAAGACGGGCCUACACGAUGUUGUCAUGGGCAGCCCGGUAGUCACCAUGGCCGUCAUGCGUAUCUUUGAAGAAAGGAGAUCACAAGUAACAAGUAACAACGCAAUCUAUAAAGAAAGGAAUCUUCCUCUAUAUGACAGAUCUUGA